AUGGCAAGAAUAAAAAGUUCUCGGAAUGACCUUACCUUGCCGACCACGCUGGGCCUCUCCCUGGGCACGUUGCAGCAUGUGAUCACCGUUGGCAUCGGCUCGCCGGCCGUGAACCAGACCAUGUUCAUCGACACCGGCAGUGACGUGUCCUGGGUGCAGUGCAAGCCGUGCUCGCGGUGUCACUCGCAGGCGGACUCGCUCUUCGACCCCAGCUUGUCGAGCACCUACUCUCCGUUCACCUGCAGCUCCGCCGCCUGCGCGCAGCUCCGCCAAGACGACCGAGGAAACGGCUGCUCUGGCUCCCAGUGCCAGUACAUUCUCAACUAUGGAGAUGGUUCGAGAACCACCGGGAGCUACAGCUCCGACACGCUCUCACUGGGCUCCAAUGCUGUCAGCAACUUCCAGUUCAGGUGCAACCAGUCUGAGUCGGGCCUCCUUCUCCACGACCAGGACCAGACCGCUGGGCUCAUCGAGCUCGGCGGCGGAGCUCAGUCGCUGGCCACCCAGACCUCAGGGACCUUCGACAAGGCCUUCUCAUACUGCCUCCCGCUGACUCCGGGCUCGUCCGGGUUCCUCACUAUGGGUGUAGCAACCUCGGGUUUCGUCGUCAAGACACCGUUGCUGAGGAGCAGGCAGGUCCCUGAAUACUAUGGCUUGCUUAAGAAAUCUGCAAGGAAGGGUGGCAGACAGUGCUCGUUAAGCAUGAACAUUAUAUCUGGAUCUUGUUUGAUGCAAGACGGUUAUUCAUUUAAAUCGGCGUUCAGGGCCGGCAUGAAGCAGUACCCGCCGGCGCAGCCCAUGGGCAUCUUGGACACGUGCUUUGACUUCAGUGGCCAGUCCAGCAUCAGAAUACCGACCAUCGCACUGAUGUUCUCCGGGGGCGCCGUCGUCAACCUCUCCCCCGAGGGGAUCAUUCUGGAGAGCUGCCUCGCCUUCGCGGCCAACCGCGAUGACAGCUCCCUCGGCAUCAUCGGCAACGUGCAGCAGCGGAUGUUCGAGGUGCUCUACGACGUUGGUGGCGGCGCCGUGGGGUUCAAUGUAGGUGCAUGCUGA